GGGUAUACCGCAGGCAGACGCCAGGGGACGCUCUCCGCGACGUUCCUCGACGCUCUCCGACGCCGAUUCAGUCGUACGGCCGACGUCGCGACGCGCACAGUCGUGCCGCUUGAUUUCCCUCUGUUAUUCUGUCUGCUUCCUGCUGUUCCCCCGAAUCCCCUUUAUAGUUUUAAUCUCCUGACAGAAUUCUCGCCUUGCUCAAAGCCCGACGUUCCCUUCCUUUCCCGUCAAGCAGUCUAUUAUUAAAUCACACGUAUACAAAGAGACGCCAUGCGUCUCGGGGUGCUUCCUAACACGCGCCCAUGGACUUUGACGUCACCAGGAUUCCUCUGUCGAUAGUUUAUACAAAAGUACCAGGUAAAGAGUAAUACCUGCGCGUUGAUUAAGCACAGAAGGAACUACGUUUACACGGUGUUCGUCGUUCAACAGUCAAACCUCGGGUUGAUACAGAUGACGCCGCUAUGCACGUUACUUAAGUGGGGGAUCUGUAAGGCACAGGAGGGUUUCUAUUAUUAAACCAGACUUUGUCGCUACGUUAGUCUCGUUGACUACCGAGUCACUCGGAUUCGAAGACGCUCUUUGUACAAAUAAAAUGUAUCUUUACUGAAAGUACUGUUCUUGCCUACGAAUACAGGCUCUUUCAUACGGUCGUGAUAUCAACGCUGGACAAGGAUUCGCUGUUACAUCGUUCAGGAGAAUCCUUAAACAUCUGUCUGUCUAUACGGAGUUGUACGUACAUAACCUAGUUAUUCCGAGUCGCGCGUGUUUAUGUGCCUCCGUCUCGUUCUCACUCGUCGUGUCCUUUGUGCAUUCCCACGAAGUCGGUUUUGAAUAAAAAGGAACAGUGAAAAUAUAAAAGAAAUAUGGCACGGGCAGUAAGCUUUAUUAUAAGCUCGUUUGCGCCCAGUGGAAAACCUUGGCCCUUUGUCCUAGAACGUUGCGUGCGCUGGCUACGUUUCUAUUAUUAACACAGCAGAAACGUAUGGCCGCCUACGUUGUAUCACCGACAGCACUGGAUUCCCUGGAGUUUACUAUAUACAUUGGAUGCUGUGACUUUUAUAAACAUUUCACGCUAUUUCAUCUUCAAGACAACGGGAAAGCAGGCUUCUUAUUCAAACGAGGCAAUAUCUUCGAAGUUAAUCAUGAAAUUGUCCGUUGGGAUAACGUGCACAAGGUGUGUGGACAAUAUUCGGCAGUGCGACUGUGUCCAGUGACAUAAAUAACGUACGCCAAUAAAAUAACCUGAGGACAAGACUGAAUUAUAAAUAUUGUGUGGAAAAUUGUGAAAAAUUGUCAAGUAAAUGUAUCAACGUGAACCAGUGAACGAUUCGACGAUGAAUUGAUAAUGGCGUGAAGAAGACGAAGUGAAAUUAAUCGACAGGAAUUCAAUCACAGUACGAAAUCUACUUAAAAGUCGGAUGCCAUUAUCCUCGUGGAUCCUAGCAAAUUGAGAGCAAGCUAAUCAGAAGGCAUUUCAUAAUCAGGAUAUCGAUUAUUUAUUAUCGUAAAAGUAUUAAUAGGAUGAAUAGAAGGUGACAGUGAUGGUUAUCGUACCAUGACUAAACGCAUCUCUAAAAAUCAUCUCUUAAAAUCUCCACGUAGAGUGUGCCUCUUAUCAGUGUCAUGAUAAUCAUUUCUACAUUGCGAGAAAUUCAUGCUAUUCUAAAAGGAUAGUCCGACUCAUAGUUCGCGUCUUGUCAGAUGAGAUGACAGUGCUGUGCAUCCUCUGGGCGACUUUGUCCACUGUGGCAUCGAUCCUAGCCUGUUCAGGCUUCUAUCUGCCCUACUGGAUCCAGGGAAGAUUACUCGGGAAAGCCGACGCAUAUUUCAGCUCGUUCCGACGCUGCAAUUAUCCAAGAAUACGAGCCCCCAACGCCACUCCAGAAAUUGUUUACGAGUGCGCCAGGUAUUCCAGCUUUUGGGACAUUCCCAGCGCAUGGUGGCAGGCCAGUACAGUCACUAUGGGAAUCGGCGUGGCUUUGACUGUAAUCGGUACACUCACCCUGCUUGCCGCAGCCUCCUCCUUCCUGCCCCACGUACUGAGAACCCCGAAGCACACCAGACUCCUGGGUUCCUUGCAGCUACUAGCCGCUGUGAUGAUAUGUGGAGGAUUGGUUAUGUAUCCGAUCGGAUGGGACAACCGUGAGGUGCGGGAAUCCUGUGGAAAGUCUGCGAACGUCUACAAUCUCGGAAAGUGUUCCGUCUCCUGGUCGAGUCAUCUUCUUGCAGGAUCCGUCGCUCUACUGAUGCUCUGCUUUGGUCUCAGCUUUUGCGCCGCCCGACACAAGCCCCAGCAUCCACACUCGGAUCCUCUGCGCAUUUGACAAUCGAGAUACUCGCAGUCCAUUCACGCGUAUGCAUCCCCCAAGACAACCACCCUGUCCUUCGUCACCGUUUGUUGAUCCUUUAGGGUGGUUGGUAUUCUUCAUUCUCCAAGGACUCUCACGAAUUAUCAUUGAAAUUUCGAGUAGCCCUUACUGGAUGAUUAACUAUGUCGACUAUUCGUCAAACCUCUCAUGUGUGCCGAUGCACUUUGACAUUACAAUUAAUUGAGGCGUCAAUCGAUCGCUGUCGGUCUACUAAUUCCUCUUAAACGUGACUCCUGUGUAGCAUGAGACUAAACAGCGGUAAUAAUCGUGAGAGAUUGGCGGGUGAAGCUGUACGACGUUCAUGGACGUGUGUCCGUGCACGCGCGUGAUGGAUUGCGUUGAUUUAAGUAAAAGAGAUAAGUCACUGAAAAGAUUUAAAAACAAAAGACUCAGUCUUCGCUCCAGACGUCAUCGUGUACGAUACGUGUGUAAGUUGAGAAUAUUAAGGAAGAUAUUUAUAACGUGGUGCUAAGAGGAUGUAAAUGGGGCAUGCGGAUGGGUUCGCGAUGAAAAUCUGCAUAGUCGGAUUUGCUUAAAGAUAUCUAUGUAUGUCAAGUGAGGUCUUGACGAGGAACGCCGGUGUCUAACGGGAGCUAAUGACGGCAACUGAGAAGAUACGAGGAUAAUAACCUAAAUUGUGUAUAAUAACCCAUAAAUAGCUGGUUGUGUAAAUAAGUCGAAAGAUUGGGCGAUAUAAAUGUUACGUAUUAUUAUAUUUUAUAAUAAAAAUGGUUUUGCCGAUUA